AUGCGCCUGCUUCUCUUCUUACUUGUCGUCGCACUCGUUUCCGCUGCAAGCCAGCAUGAAGAGGUCGUCGGCGACUUUUUUUCAAGAUCGUCUAAUCACACCAAUAACUGGGCCGUGUUAGUCUGCUCGUCGCGGUACUGGUUUAACUACCGCCAUAUGGCAAAUGCCUUGGGAAUGUACCGUACAGUAAAACGCCUGGGCAUCCCCGAUUCGAAUAUUAUCCUUAUGCUAGCCGACGACGCCGCCUGCAACUCUCGGAACCGCUUUCCUGGAAGCGUCUACGCCAACCCAGGGCGCUUAUUGGACCUUUAUGGCGAGAAUAUCGAGGUCGACUACCGUGGCUACGAUGUCACCGUCGAGAACUUCAUUCGCGUGAUCACUGGCCGGCUCGAUUCGUCUGUGCCCCGCAACAAACGCCUGCUGUCAGACGCACACUCGAAUGUGUUUGUUUAUAUGACUGGACAUGGGGGGAAUGAAUUCCUCAAGUUCCAGGACAAUGAGGAAAUCAGUGCCUGGGACAUCGCCGACGCUUUUGAGCAGAUGUGGCAGAAGAGACGGUACAACGAGCUGUUUUUCAUGAUCGAUACUUGUCAGGCCAACACAAUGUACUCCAAGUUCUACUCUCCAAACAUUCUCGCCACGGGUUCGUCGAAGUUGGACCAGAGCUCGUUCUCAUACGAGAAUGACGCAGACAUUGGCGUUUCAGUGAUCGACCGCUAUACGCACUACGUCUUGGAGUACAUGGAGAAUAUCAAUAAAACCUCCCAGACGAGCAUGGCGGACCUAUUUGCGUUCUAUGACCCCGUCAAAAUUGCAUCUGAUCCCGGCGUCCGGUCCGACCUCUUCCGCCGCCCGUUAGACCAAGUUAGAAUCACCGAUUUUCUGGGUGGAGUUGCGCGUGCGGAGGUAUCGGACGAUGACUUGUAA